ACGAUGAUCGACCCCCUGCCUCGCCUGCUUCACCUCGCCUCUUUCAUGUUGUAUUUAGAGCAGUGGUGAAUACAGAGGACUUAUACUUGUCCGAACGGAACUCCCCUUCCCUCUCAGGCCGACCAGCAAUGACCAGCAACGAAUGGAUAACGUGCGGUUUCUGUGAGAAGCACUUUCGCAACGCCCAGGCCUUUGGUCAACACAAGGGUACUGCGAACUCGUGCCGCCGUAAGCAUGCUGCUGGGCGGGCUGUGCAGAGCCCUUCCAUGUCUCAGUACCUUUUCAUGACGUUGGACGCACCACAGCCCGCUCCUAUCGACGCACCUCCAAGCCCGUUGGCGAGUUCGUCCGGGCUUCCAUUGCCGUCCGAGGGCGAGGCGGACACCGUAAACUCCGACAAUGCAUCGUACGGUUCGAACGAAGACCCUCUCCCUCACCUGGAUGUGCUCGGUGACGCGCAAUCUGCUGACAUCAGCAACUAUGUCGACCCGGCGCACGCUCCAGCGCCUCCUAUUCUUAUCGCGCCGAACUUUACGCCGCCUCCGCACACACAUCCUCUCGUGCUGCGCUUCAUCCACCUCGUCCGCCUCGCAAACGGAAAAAUGGGGAUGACGGAGGUGGAUAUCAACAAGAUACUCCAACUCCUCAUGCAUCCGGAGCUCGCGCAGGCUAUCCUAUCGGAGUUCACCAACUGCAAGGAGCUCGAACGCUUUGAGCUUGAGCAGCUGUCGGGGUUGGGCCGCGGUUGGAGCGUCGCCACGUUCAACGUCGACGGCUUCAAGCCCCAGAUCCUGUUCUUCAGAGAUCCGGCACAGGCCCACGUCGGCGAUGGCGCGGUAGUUGCUGCCAUCAUUCUCUACAGUGACGUCACCCAUCUCAGUGAGAAUGGGCGCAAGAAGGCGUGGCCCGUGAUGAUGACCAUCGCCAACAUCCGUCAGGGCGGGCGCUGGGCGACGUCGGGGCACUGCCUGCUGGGCAAUCUCCCAAUCCCACCCAAGGGGAUGCCUUCGGCGCAGAAAACUCAACUCUUUCAGCAGGGGGCUCUCACCAUGCUGCAUACGAUUUUGGAGGGUCGUGAGUGCGGAUUCUUGCUAAAAGACCCGAACGGCGUGGAGCACCUUGUCAAGCCAAUGCUCUACGCGUGGGUCUGCGACUACCCAGAGAGCGGGAAAGUCACGUGCACCCUCUCCGGCGGCACAAGUCGACCGUGCAGCAUCUGCUAUGCCGAGAAGGAACACCUUGACUGCGUGACGGCCGAGAACACUCCUCGGACCCCGGCCCGACAGCAGUGGAUUGUUGACAAUUGGGCGAACAAGCUGGGCACCAAGAAAGCUGCUGGAGUUCAGUUCUCCACGUUCGGCAUGGAGUGCGCCCUCUGGCUGUGGGAUGUGCCUGGUGCGCCCUGGGCGAACCCUUACCUGGCCAUCAUGCCGGACAUAAUGCACCAGGCGGACCUCGGGAUCUUGCACCACAUGAUUUCCGCAAUCCGCUCCUCCCACAAAGGCAGUCUCGCCACCUUUGACGAGAGGCUCACACAGAUCCGUGAGGAGACUCGAAUGACGAACCUACGUUUCCCUGAGACUGCCUAUUUCGAGUCUGGCGCAUGUGUCGCCGCCCACGAGCACCGCGCUGUCUUGAUGACACGUUGGAGGAGAAGCGGCUGAGCGCGAUCCGCGCGUACCUUGAGUGGUACAUCUUCUGCGCUCAGCCAUGCCACACCGAGAGGAGCCUGUCGACUCUAGAGGAGUUGACGCAUAGGUAAUUUUAACUGCAAUGAACAAAUGCUUGAACA